AUGGACUCUCUAGCAUCCCCAACCAAAGCUCGACAAGCAGCCAUUCAAGCCAAAGACUGGGCCUACGUCAACUCAUGGCUCAAUCGCAAAUACGCCCCUCAUCAAGUUCCUGCCUUUGAGCGCAACGAGGAUACACUCAGGGCACUCCUCGCAAUUGCAGCGGCCAACGACGCAGCGGAUGAAGAGGCAUCUCUACUUCACCGGGCACGAGAAGAGGUAGUCCGCGCAUUGAAAGAGCGCGAAAAAGCCGAGGAUCCUCGUAAACGUGAUAUACUGGAAGAUAUAGAAGCACGACUAGAUGCUCGAGGCGAAGAGAGUUUGAACGAUCUGGCGGAAACAGUGGUAUUAUUGGGAGAUACUUCGACCGAUGUUACGGAACUAGCGCAUGCGUUUAUUGAACUUACGCGAGACGAGUUUGAGCUUGCGAAUCAGGUUCAGCAUGUGCAGGCGUUACAACAAUACCUGGAUAAUGAGAUGGCUCUGGUGCAAGAAGAGAUUGAAACACUCAAGACGCAUCCCGCGUAUGAAACUCCGUCUGAUUUGACUUCGCAGACGGUGGAGUGGAGUCGUAGCGCAAAACUACUCGGUGCCAAAAUCAGCGAGUAUCGCGAUAAAAUCACUUCAUUGCAGAGGAGUGUUAGUUUAGAAGGGCCUACAAUUGAGACUGUGACAGAGGAAGAACAGAAUGUGCUGCGUCUAAAAGAAACGGUAAAACAACUCGAGAGUCGGAUCAAAAGUUAUCGUGAUUUGCCGCCUAAUUUGGAAGAUGCGAAGAAUGAGUACAAGCGGUUGGAGAAAGAGCUGGGUCGACUGACACGAGAACGAGAUGAACUAUUCGAACAUGCGAUUACACGAAAAUAG